AUGUUUAUAAUAUUACUAGUAGUGACAAAUUUUACACAAUUCAUAACAUGCGCCACAAAUGAAAAUGAGCGACAAGAUGGAUUUGUGGACAAGAUGUUCAAAAACGGAAAUGAGUGGAAAAGGUUUUGCACAUUAUUUAAACCAGAAGAUAAAAAAAGACCAUUUACUCACUGUUCGGUGAAUAUGCAUCCACAUGAGACUGUGGGCAUAAAGUGCCCAAGAUUCCUACACCGCAACUACGACAUCUUUCCAUUACAGGAAAACCACAUCUAUACAUCAGAAACAUCUGUAAAUACAAAUGAAGUGACCGAUCCUGCUAUUUUUAACCCUGAAGAGCUAAAUUUGAUUGGAAAACAUCUUUCGAGUGUGUACGAUAAAGACGGAUACAAUGUCAUACUUAGUAACGGUGGCACAAAUGACAAUUUAAAAUCAUUAUACUACAUUUGCGGAGUGCCAUCAAUGGAUACAGAUGACUAUGAGAAUAUUGAUAAUGUUGGUAUUAUGUUGGCACUCAUAAAUAUCGUAUUAUUACCGCCCAAUCAAGAGGAUAACACUAGAUAUUACAAUAUUCAUUUGGACACCAACCCAAUAGUAUCGCCCUAUCAGGAUGUUUCAAUGAUCAGAGAGGUUGACUAUUAUGGUAUCUACAAAAUUGACUGCGGAAAAGAAACAAUAAAUGUUCAGAAUCCAGUAUCUUCAACUGUUAGAAGUGCAAGCUAUGUCCCUUCUGAAAAAUUUAACAAAAAUAGUCUUAAUGAAGUGGUGAAAGCCUUGACACGGGCAGGUAAUGAAAAAAGUGUUGAGAGUACAGCAUCCAGCAGCCAUCCAUCAAAUGUUAUUACAAUUAAUGGAUUAGAUAUUUUAAAAAGCAUCAAAUCUGAUCCUGAUAAAAUUGUAAAAUUAAAUUGCCAAACACAUCAUUCAAUUGUUUUUGCUAGCGCAAAUGAGCAACAUUUUUCACCUGAAGGUAUUAUUUCACAAACUUUGUUACUAAUUCCAGACAAAAGUUAUACUAGGUCCAAUUCGUUGACAUUUUCAAUUCCAGUACAUUUAAAAGCGCCUAUUUGCUCUCCAACCCCUGAUAAGUCGCCUGAAAAUUACAUAUACGAUGAUCGUAUAUUGUGCAAAUAUAAUGCAUCCACAACAACAUUUUCAACACUUUACUGUCCAAGAGAAACCCACACUUUUGAUAUAAAAACGUGUAAACGUUCAUUUCAAACUUGGCAAAAUUACCGGACUAACAAGAUGAUAUUUGACAAAGAUUUUAAUGUAAUUGCCGUGACAGACGAAUACUAUAUGUUUUUAUAUAAAAAUCUGAGCGCUCCUUUUACUCAAAAAUUAAUUUGCUCCUGCCAACCAAAACAAGAGGUAACUGAGGCAAACGAAGUAAGUAUCUCAAUUACGCCAAAACUUGAUUGCGAUUUCACCGACCCAAAUCCUUCCAGUGUUGGAAUCAUUAACAAUUCAUGUAAUCGGGUAGUUAGACCAGGCGAGACAAUAGUUGUCAUCUGUAGGGAGGGGGAUGUCAUCUAUCCAAAGAAAGGAUUGGCUUACUUUGGCAACACUGUUUUUCCAUUUGAUGACAUAGAUUUUGAGGGCACUAAGCGAUCUGAUUUAAAAGUUGUAUCUGUCGGUAAUGAUAAAUUCCUAAUAACACUUCCUAGUGACACUAAGAUAUUUUUAGGUCAACAAUAUGUCUUUAGCUGUUCUAGCGGGAAGGGCAUAAGGGAGGUGGGCUUCCCCAUCAAAGACACGGGUGUUGUAAUUAUUACCACAGGAAAUCCAAACUUUCCCCAAUCAAUCGACAAAAAACUUCCAACUCUUGUGAAGAAGUUGAAGCAAAACGAAUACGGUUACUAUAACCUAAAGCUGUCAUAUGGAGAUCUUGAAGUUGAGUGCAAAAAUUAUUUGCAUGACACUAAUGAAAAUACAUCAGCUCUUUAUCCUAUAAACUGGACUGACAUGUAUUCGGCUCAAUCGAAAAGGGGUAUAGAUCCCAGGACAAUGCAUGUUGUACAUCCAAACCAAUUCAUGGGUUUCCACGGCAUUUCAUUCAAAAAGUUGCCUGAUAAACAAAAACUACCAAGUAUUCUCUCAGUCUCCAUUAAAAAUGACGCAAUAGUAUUACAUGGAAGACAAUAUCCACUAUAUUUUGUCUGCAUGGAUUUGCUUGAAGAUAGUGUGUGGGAUGGCGAUAAGGGAAGGUUUGCCGUAUUUGAGAUUGAAUUUGAUUUGGAUCAUAAGGAAAUGGUUGGAUGUGGUGUCUACCCAAAAAUGUUUAAAGAUGGUCGUGGAAAUGUGAUGACCAAUAAUAAUUGUGAAUUUGACAUGAAUAUACACGACAAAGUCGGAUUCCAUUGUCCAUUGUCUAACGAGAAUCCUAUACCACCUGUAUGUUAUGCGGGUGAUAUUGAUAAAAAGAGCGGGACUAGAAAGGUCGUGGAGAUUUUUAAACGACCAACAGACUUAUACGAAUUUAGAUCUCUUUGGAUUUUCACAAAGGACAUGCUAAAAUAUGCUGCAAAUGGCAGCAUUGAGUGUUCAUGCAUUUCACAGGGUGAGACCUUAGCCACAAUUACCAUAAGCAAUACGGGCACAUAUAUAAUCUCUAAGCUAUUAUUAGUGACCCUGAUAUUAUUUAUUUGA